UGAUCCCAUAAUGGACUGAAAAUAGUUUUUAAUUGCUCUAAGUAAUUUCAUUGUAGAUGGUUAGUAGGUAAUGAGGAAUGGAAGGGCAGUGGAGACCUGGAUGGGUUUGGUCUGGAGGAAGACUCUGAAGCUUUUUAUAACAAUGGACUCUACUUCCUGCUCUCAGACACAGCGGCUCCACUCUGUCCACGUACUUCCUGGUUCCCUCCCCUUUAGAUCUGUAUAACAUGUGGAGAAGUGUAAGAGCUGACUGGCCCCAUUCACUGUACAAAUACAUGACUUUUAGAUCAGAGCUCAGAAUAAUUUCACUUCCAAGAAAGAGAAACUCCCUGAGUCACUGACAACGAGGGCAGAGAUGGCGCAGAAAGGAGUUGAACUUGAUCAAGAAACAAUCAGCUGUUCCAUCUGUCUGGAUCUACUGAAGGAUCCGGUGACUAUUCCCUGUGGACACAGCUACUGCAUGAACUGUAUUAAAAGCCACUUUGAUGAAGAGGACAAGAAGAAAAUCCACAGCUGUCCUGAGUGCAGACAACUCUUCCCAUCGAGGCCUGUCCUGGUGAAAAGCACCAUGUUAGCAGUUUUAGUGGAGCAGCUGAAGAAGACUGGACUCCAAGCUGCUCCUGCUGAUCACUGCUAUGCUGGACCUGAAGAUGUGGCCUGUGAUGUCUGCACUGGAAGAAAACUGAAAGCCCUCAAGUCCUGUUUAUUCUGUCUGGCAUCUUACUGUGAGAAACACCUUGAACCUCACUAUAAGUCACCUACAUUUAAACAACACAAGCUGGUGGAUCCCUCCAAGAAGCUCCAGGAGAACAUCUGCUCUUGUCAUGGUGAGGUGAUGAAGAUGUUCUGUCGUACUGAUCAGCAGAGUAUCUGUUAUCUCUGCUCUGUGGAUGAACAUAAAGGCCACGACACAGUCUCAGCUGCAGCAGAAAGGACUGAGAGGCAGAGAGAGGUGGAGGUGAGACGACAAAACAUCCAGCAGAUGAUCCAGGACAAAGAGAAAGAUGUGAAGCUGCUUCAACAGGAGCUGAAGGCCAUCGCUCACUCUGCUGAUAAAACAGUGAAGGACAGUCAGAAGAUGUUCACUGAGAUGAUCCGUCUCCUCCAGAAAAGCAGCUCUGAUGUGGAGAAGCAGGUCAGAUCCCAGCAGGAAACUGAAAAGAGUCGAGUCAAAGAGGUUCAGAAGAAGCUGCAGCAGGAGAUCACUGAGCUGAAGAGGGAAGACGCUGAGCUGAAGCAACUCUCAGACACAGAGGAUCACAACCAGUUUCUACACAACUACCCCUCACUGUCACCACUCAGUCAAUCUACACGCUCAUCCAGCAUCAAUAUCCGUCCUCUGAGGAACUUUGAGGACGUGAAAGCAGCUGUGACAGAGCUCAGAAAGAUACUACAGGACAUUCUGAGAGAGACAAGGACAAAUAUCUCAAAGACAGUGACUGAAGUGGAUGUUUUACUGCCACAACCAGGACCAAAGACCAGAGAUGAAUUCUUAAAGUAUUCAUGUGAAAUCACACUGGAUCCAAACACAAUACACAGACGUCUGGUACUGACUGAGAGGAACAGGAAAGUAACAUCAGUGAAACAACAACAGUCUUAUCCAGAUCAUCCAGACAGAUUCACUGAUUGUUCUCAGGUCCUGAGUAGAGAGAGUCUGACUGGACGUUGUUACUGGGAGGUGGAGUGGAGAGGAAGAGUUGAUGUAGCAGUCACAUACAAGAAUAUCAGCAGAGCAAGGAAGGAAAGUGGAUUUGGACGUAAUGACAAAUCUUGGACAUUAGAUUGUUCCAGUUCUACAAUUUGUUACAACAACAUCCAAACUCCCAUCUCAGCUCCUCCUUCCUCCACAGUAGGAGUGUACCUGGAUCACAGAGAAGGUACUCUGUCCUUCUACAGCGUCUCUGAAACCAUGACUCUCCUCCACAGAGUCCAGACCACAUUCACUCAGCCGCUCUAUGCUGGACUCAGGAUUGCUGCUUGGUUUGGUGGUUGGUCUAUUGAAUCAAGUGCUGAGUUGGUUAAAGUGAAGUAGACAGAGGUAACUUCAGGACCAGAGAGUUAAAUUCUGUGUUUCUCUUCAUCAACUUGUUUUCUCUCCAUGUUUGUUGCUGAGAGUUCAUUGUUGUGGUGUUUCUGCUCAGAGAUCAGCUGUCAGUCAAACAUCAUGGCUGCUACCUUGACAUGUUUAAUAGUUGUUCUCUGGAUGUUUCAUCACUUUCUUUAGGUGGAGCUCUUUCCUGUGUCUGUUUAGCCGUGGAGGAUAUCACUGCUCAUGAUGACUUUUAUUACCAUGACAAUGUAAACUUGUCUGAGCUCUAAAUGUCUGAUGAAUAUUUGUAUUGAUGUGUUUGUGUUGUUGUUGUUUCUCUUCUACUUCAUAUCAGAGGAACCAGCAGACCUUCCUCUAUCACUAAUAUGUUGUUGAUCACUUUCUACAGAAAGAAAUCUAUGAUUACAUUUACAUUAAUGUGUUUGGUUGUCGUUGUUACGUUGCAGUAGAGAUUUGUACUAAUUCAUAAAACUGGAAUCAUCAUGGUGACUAUUGAUCAAAUGAUAGUUUUUUCUUCGUGUGCUGAUGUUUAACCAGUUUAAUGUGUGAACAACCUGAAGGUUUAAAUAAUGAAAAGGGUUUUCUCCAAGAGGAAAUUAAAUAUUGACUUGUGUCUUCAUUCCAGGAUCUCACUAGAAUCUGAUGGAGAAAAUACAGUGAAGUUAAUGAGAGUAUAACUGAGACACUGUCUUAUUUCCUGAAACACGUACAGAGUUUAUGC